AUGGCACUUUGCAAUCAUGCGAGCCCUGCCGUAGAUCCAAACAGCGAUGUGAUCAUGACAGGCCAGUCUGCCGCAGCUCCGAUGACUAGGAGACGACCAUCGGAUCCGAUCAACCCGGCGGGUGUUUCUAGUCGACUGACGAGCCAGCCAACCUCAAAUGCAUCCAGUCCAGGGUCGCUGGGCAGUGGGCGUCUUUUCGCGCCGUUGGAGCCGCCUUCGGCUCUCCCUGGCUACUUAGGCUCGACGAGUUUCUCUGCAGUCUUAACUGAGCACCGCAAUGAGAUUCCAUUUGAGCCUGAGGAGAACACGGACUCAUCCGCGGGGUUGGUAGUGGAACCCGAUCGACUACAAUCUGGGGUUGACGUUUUACGGUUUCUGUACAACUUCAACGUGCGCCAUACAUUGAUUGAGAAAUUCUAUGUUCGGACGUGGAAUACGGUUGUACCAAAAUUGGUCAUGGAUGAAAUUCUCCGCUCAGUGCACAUCAUUUUUGACAGUUUCAAUGUCACUGAUCCGACGGCACAAUUGCAAGAGCUAGCAACACUGAUUUUCCAAAACACUGCUCGACCGAUGCGGACGCAUAAGUCUAUGACCGCUGAGGAGUAUUGUGCGUCUUUUAGUGGGCGCAAUCUUCGCUGGGAGGCUCUUGGAUCCAUCUUCACUCUUUGUGGAAUGCAAUUGGUCAUUACGCCAGACAGAGACCCUGAAGUUACUCAGGGAUCAGAUGAUCCUCGGGCACGAGACAAGUUACUGGAGCAACUUACAGUGAUAAGUACGAUAUGUCUUGGAUUCUGUGAUCAGGCAUCGUCGGUAAAUGAACUACUGGCGAUAUUGCAGUUCAAUGAUACCAUGCUACGAACACAGCAGUAUGGUGAUUCCAGUUACCAAGCAUGGCGUCGACUUGGCGAUUUAGUAUCCACAAUUUAUGCGGCUGGACUGCAUCUGGAGAACGAUGGCGCAGAUAACUGUCCAUUUUUCCUUCGUCAGUGGCGAAGGCGCUGUUUUACUGCAGCCUUUUACAUGGAUAAAAUGGUCGCGACUUUCGUUGGGCGACCGCCACUGAUGAACAGUAAAUUCUGCACCCCAACUGCUCCAUUGGAUUUGAGUGAUGAAGAUCUAGUUGCAGGUGGUGAUGUCCUAAACAAAGCUAUCUCGGAGCUAGACAGUGCGGGCUGGAAUACGAAAGGAAUGCUAUACCUGGUGACCCCAACCAUUCUUCGCUAUCAGUUGGCAAUAAUACGGGAGGAAACUCUUGAGGUUGUACUAGGAACUCACGAACAACAAAAUCUCAUCCAAAAGUCCGAGGAUAUUCAAGCGAAGUCUCGCGCCAUAUGGGGAGCAGCUCCAGAUCAUCUUCGAUACGACCGAAGAUUGGACGACAAGUUCCAUGAUGGAUGGCUUACAAUUGCCUAUUUUUAUCUGGAUUAUCUCUAUACUUGCUUUUUGCUCUAUCGGGCAGUCAUAAAAAACACCAAUACCGGUUUAGCCGACUUGUGUGACGUAUCCCGUCGGAUUCUAGCAAUUGUCAUCCGCGUGAAUUCUUUCCGAACCCCAAUGGUGGAUCUAGAUCGUCACUUUUCCUGGAUUGUCCUUACCUACGGGGUUCCCUCCGCGAGUGUCCUUCUUCUCGAACUUUUGCGCCAGUCACAUGAGCCUGGCCCUCAUGCUGUGCCACUCCCACGCGCAGAAUUGAUCCGGAAUUUGAGCGUGUUUGUCUCCUUCUUAUCCUGGGUCUCAUGCCCCGGUCACGGCAAUUAUACGACCUGCAAAGAAGCCGAGAAAAAGCUGUCUCAGAUUCUUGACCGACUUCUUGAUCCCAAGCCUGUGCAGCAGAAUGUGGUAGAUGAUGUCACAUCAGGUCUCGAUAACUUCCUGAACUGGUCAAAUUACAACACGAUGUGGGAUUUUAACUCCGAGUUCAUGUCUCUGGGUGAGGGAUUUGCACCUUGA